ACAUUUCCUGACACGUGUCAAGUUGCACAAAUCACCACUGCUUCGCCUAAUCGCCUCACAAAAAAUCUCAUCCCUCGCUCUCACCCUUAGUGUCACUUGCACAAUGUCAUUUCAAAGUUCAGCAAGUUUUGAACCACAACAAAUCUGAAUAGAACUUGAGUUAUCCCUUCUCUUCCAAAUGAGAUCGUUUAUCAUGGAGAUUGGUACUGCAAGGUGUUGCCUUGAUAAACUGUCGUGUUUUCCACUUAAUUUAACGACAUCAGAUUUUGAAAAUUUCCACAAACUUCCACGUCAUAUUUCCGUCUGGAAUCCGAGAACGAAUUACCAAAAUUCAGUUCAUUCUAAUCGGGCGUCUACUUGCAAGUAUCGGAUUCGGAUGAAAACAUAUUCCAUGGCUUUUAGUGUGGAGGAAUCUCCCCCGUUAAAUUCGGAAAAUUUUUAUAGUGAUGGUGAAAAUGAGGAUGAUUCUGAGGAGUCGCGGGAGAAGAUUCUGUCACAACCAUUGAGCCGUGAAGAGUUAAGGUCACUAUUGACUGAUUCCGAAAGACAAAAGCUUGUUAAGAAGUUAAGCGAAGCCAAUCAACAAAACCGUUAUCUCAAACGACAGCUUUACGUUACAGAGGAUGCAUUGGUCAACUUCAAAAGCGAACUCGCUGUCUUGGAGCUUGAAAUUCAGGCAUUAGUCUCCUUGGCAGAAGAAAUAGCUCAAUCAAGCAUUCCAGAAGGUUCUAGAAGGAUCAAUGGAAAGUUCAUUCAAUCUCACCUACUUUCACGGUUAGAAGCUGUACAUGAGAAAGUGAAGGAGCAGAUUAAGGAUGUUGAUACUGCACAGUCCAAGGAAGUCCCAUUAUUUUGGUGUGGCAUGGCAGAGAGUGUUCAAGUAAUGGGCACCUUUGAUGGCUGGAGUCAAGGGGGAUACUUAUCUCCAGAGUAUGAUGGUUCUUUUACAAGGUUCUCGACUACAUUAAUGCUUAGACCUGGAAGGUAUGAAAUUAAGUUCCUGGUUGACGGGGAGUGGCAUCUAUCACCAGAAUUUCCAACAGUCGGUGAAGGAUUAAUGAAGAAUAAUUUACUAAUUGUGGAGUAGCUCCAGGUCUGCAGUUCCAGUUAUAUUUGUACGUAUAGAGCAACCUGCAUUUCCAGUAUGAGCUUCUUUCACUUAAUCUAUUCCUCCUAGUUUUUUUAAUCUGUUUAAUAGUUUUAAGUAGCAACCAACCUGAUUCAACUUCUGCAAACUUUUGUUCCGUAUAAAUCCUGUUCCAGUCUUAUUAGUCCUGGUCCAUAUACGUCUCACCUUGCUUAGUUUGUAUUCCAACUAUUUUAGGGGUUUCUACUUUCUACUGCGUAGCUUGCAAAUAUAGACAGCAUUUCCGAAAGGGUAUCCAUCUAGGUUCUAAUUUUUAUGUUGUUCUGUAACUUGUGAUGUUAUUGUGAGUACUUACAAAGCAAAGGUUCAUCCUAUUUGAACUUUUAUGUGGCAAAAAAAGGUCCAUCCAUUCAUCUGUACGUUUCACAAAUAGAUUUAUUUACUAUAAGUUAUUUAUGCAUCCGUAAAACUAUUGUCAGCAAUUCAAC